AUGCCAAAACGAUUCCUCAAUGUUGAAUAUGGCACUAUUUCUACUGAAAUCGAUGUGACUGACUUUGAAGACCUGAGUGACGUUCAGGAUGCUAUCAAGUCUGAGUAUGAUGGUUUUUGUGUUGUUAUUGGUUGUUUACCACUACCUCCAAGACAACCUACCCGAACUUACCUAGAUCCAACAUCUGCUGCAGCCUCACCCGCACUACUGGAUUUUUGGACUGCUUUCACAUACUACCCUAACCCUCUUGAAGGAAACACUGUUGUCCAACUUCCAGCAGACGUAUUCAUCCUUGGAAACCAUUCAAUCGGAUCAUCCAUUUACAUCCGUCCUUGUUAUCCUAAACUUCUUGAAAAAUCACUAUCUAUUGUGCAAUCUGCUGAUAUACGUCAUUUGAUCAUCCUUGGAAAUCUUGGAAUUGGCAAGACAUAUUUUGGUUACUUUUUGCUGUUGCAUCUUGCUCGCUCUGGUGCUACAGUCGUGUAUGAGAGUGGAGUUGAUCAAAAAAGAUAUCUGCUUACUCCCAAUGGUGUAUUCGAAGGAGGAAAGCAUGCUUUUUGGAAAAUCUUGGAUUCCUCGUCAACAUUCUACAUUGUUGAUGGCUCGGCACCUGUUGAUGUUGAUGCCAAGACUAUUCUUGUUACUUUACCUCGUCGGGAAAUUUGGCAUCGGUUUUCCAAGGGGUCCUGCGACAUUCGGUAUAUGCCAGUGGGAUCCUCGUACAAAUGCUUUGACUUGCAGCAACAACUCGUCACAGAGCUUGGACUUGAAAUGGUCAAUAUUGUUAGGAAACAAGACACAUUGUAUAUUGUUGAUGGACACACGACUCCAAGAUCAUCAUGUUGCAUUGUCUUGUUCAUGUCAUCUCCUCAGUCUGAAGGAUACAAGGAAUUCGUCAAACAAAAAAUGGCAAGGGAAUGGGAUUUUCCUGUUUGGACUUUGAAUGAGUUACAGACUUGCCGACGUCACUGCUAUCCGGAUGUACCCAUUGAGACUAUCAAUGAGAGAUAUCGCAUGUAUGGUGGUGUAGCUCGUUCUGUCUUUGAUAUUGUAUCAAAUCCAAUGGAGAAAGCUUUGACUGAUGUUGAUGCAGUCAAAGGGGUACGAAACAUUGGAUUCACAAUCAAAAUAUCUGCAAAUACUCAUACAUUGCUUCAUACCAUUGUGUCAGACGACGGACAGUACGAAUUCCUGCAUGUUGAUAUUGCUUCAAUAUAUAUUGGAGAACAACUCUGGAAACGUCAUUCUGCUCAAAUGAUUACCAAUAUGCAGCAAAUGUUUGAUGGUAUUCCAACCAAAAUUUCAAGACAUUUGUUUGAGAUAUACGGACAUGUGGUUUUUUGUACUGGUGGACAAACUCUCAAAUGCAGAUGCCUGGAAGAUGAUACUAUCCCUACUGCAGCAGCACUUGAUGGCAACUAUUACGAACCGACAGAUGACGAUAAUUUUGCAGCAAUUGAUUCACUCAGUCGACAGGGAAUGUUUCAAUUUACAGCUGUUGCUGAACAUCCUAUUUGUGGAGUUGAUAUUCUUACAAAACUGUGCAAUUUGUAUGAUGAACCCAAACUUUAUUUUGUGGUUCCGCCUCACCAGUUUAAAGGGUUCAAAAAGCAGAGUUUCAAACCAAUUGAUGGCACAGAGCAGGAUAUCACACCUGACAACUUUGAAUCAAAUUUAGCAGUGAUUAUAGGUGAAAACACCAAUCUAGCACAACAACAAUUCCAGACAAUUCCAGACAAUCCGAUUCUGAUUAGUUCUAAAACCAGAACUCACAUUGUAACCACAAACCAAAUGCGUUCAAUAUCAAUCACAAUCAUCAUGGACGAAUGUAUCAAAGUAUGUCGUCAACUUUUGAAUAUUUUAGCAGUCUUGCUUAAAACAAGUGGUAUCAUCCAGUGCACUACAUAUACUACUCAUGAAACACACAAACUUCGAAUAACUGCGCAACUAUAUGUUCAAACUCUGCUCCAAAUAUAUGUUGUUGUAUACAGCAAACCUGAUUUGAUAAAAGUGUUGCAAUUGACAUUUAUGUUUGUGGAUAACAAUAUUUUGGAAUCAACUCGUCCAAUUUGGAAAUCAAUUGGAUUUCUUGCUGAUACCAAUAUCAAUGUCAGUCCAACUCAAUUGAUUGGAGUAGCACUCGAGUGCUUGCAGUAUUGA